GAGACGCGCACACUUAUCUUAUGGAGCUUCCAUGAAAGCACUAGUCUCACCCACUCCAUCACCAACCGUGUAAAGUAGAGAGAAACUGGCGCGCAGCCUUCUUUCCUAGCUCGUGGGUUGGGUCAAUCACUGAUGGCUCUUCACUGAUCAGACCUCGAUCACGCGAUCUUCCCCACGGGGCACAGGAUGUACAUACAACACGUGCACCGGCCUAUUGCACCAAUCAGCGAUCAAUUGAAUCUUUGACCUGUCUACCUUCCGAAGUCGUUCGUAUGCAAGCACCGGCCCCAUCCACUCCCUCACCACUUCUGUAUGACGAAGAGCAGAUUUGGGUUAUUCACCAACCCUUUCUCCUGGCCCAUGGAUACCAAUUGCGUGAGCGAUAUCGGCCAGGGUGGAGGCCAUCAUGGGUCGGGAAGCACAACUUCGGGUUCUAUGAGGACGACAUCGCGAAUGUCAAGCCAAGCACACUCGAUGCGGUCCGGCUCAGCGAUGGCCAAAAGGUCGUUCUGAAAAGGGUCGAGACAAAUGGCAGUGAACUGGCCAUGAUACGGUACCUUGACUCGCUUAGACCUGACCCACGCAAUCGCACGGUGCCUGUCCUUGAGAUCUUGACGAUGGAAGAUGCGCCUUGGUCCUUCAUCGUCAUGAAGUACGCCCGCAUAUUUAUCUAUCCGCCAUUCCACUGCCGGCAAGAGUUCUUCGAGGCAAUGAGGCAGUACUUUGAGGGCUUAGAGUUCAUGCACGAGCAUAAUGUCGUCCACUUUGAUAUCGCUAUUCAAAACAUGACGAUGGAAGAAUCUCUCGUUGUUCCGCGAGGUUCCCACUUUUGUGAUCAACGCUCACAUACCGGAGCCUAUGGCUGGUUUCGAUGGAGAGAUCGCUGCUCCGUAUCAGAGCCCAUAAACUAUUACUACAUCGACUUCGGCCUCUCCUUGUACUUCCCAGAUGGAACAGCUACCGCUCAACACACCGCAUUGCUCAGGACGUUCCCCGAUUGUCCUGAGCUCUCGUUAACGAAGCCCUAUAACCCAUUCCGGGUGGACGUUUACCAGCUGGGAUUGGCCAUGCGCAAGGCCAUCAAGGAUUAUCCGGACCUCCAAGUCUUCCGACCGUUGGCGGAUGAGAUGAUGAAGGAGGACCCCGAAUCUCGGCCCAGUCCUUCGGAAGCUCUAGCGAGCUUGCAUAAGAUCGCGGAAUCGAUUCCGCCGGCAGAGUUCCGAGCGCGAAUAUGGAAGAGAGAUACCAGCAUCUGGAAGAAACUUUGUCGCUGGAUUUUCGGAGGGUAUUACAAGGAUUAUUUCUUUCUGGAGGACGAUUUUGCUUUGUAUGGCAAGUAUUAAGAAUGUGAGGACGUUGCUUUUCUUGAACGAAGCGCUUCUCAGCCAUAUUCAAAUCAAAUGUAUAAUGGACGGUGUAGUUUGUGAUUCGUUGCUAACAAUCCGUGAGGCUCGGAUUGGCACAAAGUUGUGAUCAACGUGACGACGUCACUAUCGUUCUCCGAGACUCAGACCGCCCUGAGUCGGUGCUGUACACUCCAGGUUCUUCGUUCUGCGCCCAUGAGUGACUCUGGUAUCCCGACCACGAAAGAGCAGCUUGUUUCUCAGUUCGACCGGAGUGUCGCCACCGUUCAGGUGUACGCCGACGAAUUGGAGCAAGUGUAUGCACGCCCUGCUCUCCGACGCGCCACGGUUUUCUUCAAUGAGCAGCCAAUUGCCUCGGUCUUCCUCUUCGUGUUCCUUGGUCUGGCAUUCUUUCCCAUCUUGACGUUUCUAACAGCCUCUGUGUUAACUGUCCUCUCGCUGUCGCUCCUGGCGCUUGGGAUCGUCUUGGCUCUAUCCUGCACUUCGAUACUGUUCUUCUUCUCUAUCCUCGCGCUGAUCCUGAUCGCGGUCCUCUUCGUCUCGAUAUUCACAACGACUGCCGCCUUCUCAUCAUAUUCUGCGUAUCGUCUCGUGGUGUCCGUGCGCUCUGCAGGUCGUGAAGGUGUCUGGGACUGGGUGGAGGAGACGAAAGGAUAUAUCAUCAACCAGGGAGACGAAACGGACAGGGGACGGUAUUCUCCCGACGACACGACGGAGGAUGGAAAGCCUCUUAUGACGACAGAAGCACACGACAGCAGUGAUAUCAAGGAGGAAACGUAGUCUCUUUCCACUUGUUCCUGGUUUUUUGUGGGAUGUUGUGACAGAGACUUCUGCCCCAUCGACAGGAUAAGACAUUGUGGCGAUCAUUCAUCCAUAUCUUGUGAAGAAUGUGACCGGUGUUCGAAAUGUGAGCUAUCCUGGACAGUAUUCAACCGGCACGAAUCGCCUCAAGGAUGUACGACCAUGGGCAGGUCUCACAAACAAGUUGUGUACCAUGAAGCGAGAGCGACAUGAGCACACAACCAGGGACAGGCUGACUGCCAAGAGGCUGUCGAUGAGUGAAUCGGUUUUCGACAUUCCGUUCGGACCUUUGCAGAUGAAGUGCUGUUUUUCACUCACACCUGAAUCAGUGUGAAGGUCCAGCUUCGUGGGCUGUCGCUUUCAUUUGUUUGAGCGUUCAUAGAGCGAGCUUAGAUUUCCGUUCCG